AUGCCUCCCCUCCCUCUCGACGAGCGCAUAGUGGUUAUUCAGCGCCCUAAAAACUUAGCCCUAUGCGAGGCUUCCCCGCAAGCCAUCCCGCAGCACUCGUCUCAAAUUACAGCCUCCUCCAAUGGACAAGUCGCCCACCCUCCUCAUCUCCACCACCCUCAGUCUCAUUUUUAUUCACCCUCCUGUAAGCCUCUGACUCUGGAAUGCAAGCGGAGGUCCUCCCGCGUGCAGAAAUUCAAGGGCGACCAGCCUGCCAACCCGGCGGGAGUCAGACACAUCCCUAGCCACUGCCACAGCAAUGGCACAGUAACUCUUGGCCCACGCCUGCCCUCCCACACGCAUACUAUCGAUAUCAGGGUGACGGUGGACAAAGGAGGACGAGGAGGAGGAUUCAGCAAUUCGUUAGGGCGUAGCGGAAGCGUAAGAGGCGGCAGAGGGAGAUGUGUCCCGUCGCAGUUAGAUCAAGGACAAUGUGAGAGAAAAGCUGCCAGUGCGGGGCGGCCAGGUGGAGCCGAACACAAGUCACAGCGAAUUCGUCAGCUGUCAUCUUCCCCCGGAGGGGUCCUGCAGUUCGUCCCUGCUCAGGCUCAGCAGCAUAAGUUCAGGGGUGACAAAGAGAAGGAGAACACUAGUUUUCUCAACAGAAGUGACCAGGAAUUUCCCUCCUUAGGUCACAGGAAGAAUUCCAAACUGGGAACUGUCCAUCAGAGCCAUAACAGUCACAGUCUGCCCUACCACCACAACUCUGUCCCGGUGCCCCAUGCUGCCAUCCUAAACUCCAACUACCCCCCAUCCCCUCCCUCCCAACCCGCCCAUGUCCCAGUCUCGUUUCAGCAGCUCAGCCAGCCUCACCCACCUCGUUCCAGGGACCACCGCCCUCACAUUCUUCAUGGUCUGCCCCUCUCCCCCUGUUCCUCCCACGCCGGAGGGUUUCCCAGCCCCGAUCACACCUGCACCAUCGACUGCACCCACCCGUUCAGCUGCGGCUGCUGGAGGUUGGUAAGAUGCCGAGGGUGUAAGGGGCACUCCGCUAGCUUCCAAGGAGGCGGAGGAAGCACUUCCACCUCGUUUUCCUGUGGUCACAAUGUUGGAGCAGUGAAGAGAGGAGGCAAAGAAAUGGGCCUGAGAAAUCUGGGUGGGUGUCUCUCCACCGCCUCCACCUCCAACACCUCUUCUUCCAACAGCACCGCGUCUGACUGCCGAGCAAGUCUGUUCAAACCCCUCCGCUGUGCCUCCUGCUCUGGGGAGGCCGGAAACUUCGAGAGUCCCGCCAUCCUCCGCAAAAAGCUGGUGGGAGGAUGCCUGCCCUGUACCCCGCUGUCCUCUUCUGCCCCUCUGCGGGCCAUACAGAGCUGUGUCACGGGCUGCAACCCCAAAGCCUCUCAGACGGGCAGUUCCACCUGCAGCUACUGCAGCAGCGACCCCAUAGUGGUGACAUUCAAUCCUCGCCGAGGCAAACCCCCGGGAAGAAGCAUCGGAGCAGCUCAUCCCAUGGCCAUGUUCCAAGCCGAUGAUGACGACUACAGCGUGCGUACGAUCUGGCCCGAGGAACUGGCCAAGAAGAUGACCCACUCGAAGGCCCAGAAGAAUCACUGUGCGGGGAUGGGAGUGGGAGUCGGGAAGACCUGCGCAAGCCAGGCCCAGACCAGCAGCAACGGAACAGGCCUCGUCCUCUUGGACUGUCAAAACCUCCAGGAAUACGCACAGACUCAGCACACGGACCGUGCUGGUCGACGACGGCUCCAGCAGGGCAAAAUGGCCUCCCUCGAUUUCAUGGGCUGCAGGUCGAGAUCCGAGUACGACGACGGGCGUAACUCGCUGAAGAGGCUCCUGAAUAAAGCAGAAGAUGCAGGAUUGAGCGACGGUCCCGAGCAAGACGACGACGCAGCAUAUCCCCGCUCCCCGUCUCCCCGGUCCGCAUCCCCUCCGUCACCCGUGUCCUUUUCCCCUCCGCCGUCCGCCCCCAGCACACUCAUCAAACCCAAACCCUGGCAGAGAGACAGGGAGGGAGGACACUCUCUGCCGUCGGCUCACUCUCUUCACCUGGCCCUGAACUCCCUGAACCGAGAGCAAGACGAGGAGAACAGCAGAAUGCACCUCUCUCUGCCGCUCUCCUCCUCGUUGCCGGCGUCUCUGUCCGACGAGAGUGUGAUGACUCCCGAUGCAGAGAACGCCGUGGUCAGCCCCAUCCUGCCCUUCCUGUAUCUGGGGAACGAGAGAGACGCCCAGGACCUGGACCUGCUGCUGCGCCUCAACAUCGGCUACGUGGUCAACGUGACCACGCACCUGCCUCUCUACCACGUCAACUCUGGACUGCGCUACAAACGGCUCCCGGCCACCGACAACAGCAAGCAAAACCUUCGACAGUACUUUGAGGAGGUUUUUGAGUUCAUCGAGGAGGCAUAUCAGAGUGGACAGGGAGUGUUGGUACACUGCCAGGCGGGCGUGUCUCGUUCUGCUACCAUCGUCAUUGCCUACCUUAUGAAGCACACCCUCAUGACAAUGACAGAUGCCUACAAGUACGUGCGGAGCCGCCGGCCCGUGGUGUCCCCCAAUCUGAACUUCAUGGGCCAGCUCUUGGAGUUCGAGAGGGACCUCAACUCCGGGGUGACUCCUCGCAUCCUGAUGCCUAAGCUGAACGGUGUGGAGACGCAGGUGUGAGAAAGGUCAGGAGUGUUCAGACGACGAGAGAAACGGGCGUUAACGAAAGAAAAGAGUGCAGCACAUUGUAGAAGAGAGACGCGGCGAGAAGUGCGACAACCGGGGGAAAGCGCUGGCGUUAGUGCACUUUUAAUACUGUGAAACACGAGACAAAAGACUGGAUGGUUCAUUUGUUUAAGUGGUAGUUCUUAGACAACUUGAUCCAGUACUCUCUUUAUAAGAUAACGUGCCAAUAUUUUGUAUAGAUCGAACAUCACUCAGAUAUCUCGUCUUUCUUUUGGUUUUUUUCUCUCUCUCUUCCUUUUUUUGUUCCUGUUGUUUACAUUCACGACCAGAAAUACGGAGAAUCGUAAAUGCAUGCAAAAAUAAAAUCCUUCAUCCACAACGCCACUAUAUGAAGCAUCCGCCACAUGUAGCAACACACAGGUCAUUACAAUGCACUUUACCUCCCAUGCAUUCGUUUCUUCUUAUUAUUAUUAUUAUCACUAACUCAAUUGUCACGAGGAGGAGAAGUUUUUGGUUGAUAAUAACAUGUUUUUUUUUGUCUCAUUUGUGCAAUAGAGCAGCAUGGACCUAGCAACUUAUCACAAAAGGAACAAACAGUUAAUUGAAAUGUCAGAAUGGUUUUAUCUCAGUGAAGCAGCCUGUAUGUUAGCAAAGGAGAUGUAUUGCAGUGUGAUGCAAGGAACUUAAAUACGCAGG